AUUAAAUCGCUUUUCCGAUUGUAGCACUGCGAUUGUAGCAUAGCAAUAGGACGAUUAACGUUUCAAUGAAUAGAAUAGACAACGUUGUUACUGAAGAUUUACUUCUUGGUAGAUUUUUACCUGCCAAACAAAUGCAUGAUUAGUUAGUUAUUGUUAAUACCUAGAAUCGCGAAAAAAGAUUUUAAGAUAUUAAGAACCACGAAAUUAGUCGAAUUUGCAUUUGAAUAAUUAUAAUAAGACUGACAAGGCACUUCUUCACAUGUUUUUAAUCAGCGAAGUAAAAUUCACGUUAUUAUUUAACAUUGCGUAAAGUAUUCUUUGUAUUACCAAAAAAUUCGUUUCUACAACGUAACAUAAGCAAAAAGAUUUUUUCCUUUGUUCAGAAUUGUCAAUGAAACAUGCGGGAGAAAGUACAAAUGCAAAUCCGGAGAUUCCCCACCCCCUCAAUUCUUAUUCGUUAAAGCGUGAUUGACUGCUGGAAGGGUGAUACGUAUGUACACGCGAGGAAUAUAUCGAAAAUGGUUCAUCAUUGCGAAUUUAACGAGGUAAUUGUGUCGGGCCGCGCAAAAGUGACAUGGAAGGGCAUAUUUCACUGCGUCGCCACCAUCGAACGCGAACGAUCUGUAACAAUGUGUAUUAAAUGACCUGCACCAAGUACCAUAUGCGAUCGCACUUAUUUUCGCUUAACUGCAACUCCUCUCGUAUUCCAGUCUUUAAUUCUUGACGCGAGACGUAACGCGCUUUCCUGCACAUUUCGGUUGUGCGUUUGAGUUGCCACAAGUGAGCGCUUUAUCAGCUCUACUAACUGAUCUAAAAAUGAUGAUGAAAAAUCGUAAACAGCAUGGAAGAUGAAUCAUCCGGAAGUAGCGGAUACGGUACUUGAAUUGAUGGAUAAGCGGUCCAUAGAUUUGAUAGAAAUAAUAGCGCGGUCACGCCGUGUCAAAGGAAUAACCAGUGCACAUGCAUAGCGCCCGACAAUAUAUCUGCAUAUAAGUCUGUAAUAGAUACGAGAGGACACUGGGGGAGUAAUGAGUAGGUGACUGUCAGUUACAUCGGAGUUCCGUGUGAUCGACGAACGUUGCAGCAGGCGAUUAUCAUGUCACGCUUCAUGGUGCUGCUGAUUCUGCUGGGUAUACUGUUGCUCAAUUGCCAAGAGACACUCGCUCGAAGAGGACGAGGAAGGAGCAGGAGCAAGUCCCGCGUGCAAAUUGGAUUGCCCAUCACCGGGAAGUACCGUGAUCCAGAAAGCGAUCAGUAUUACAACAAUAACAACGGUGCCAAAAUAUUGCUCGCGUCGCACUUCGAUCUGGAAUACGUGCUGGGGCACAAAAUAGCUUUUCUCUGCGUCGCUCGUGGCAAUCCGCGACCGCACAUUACGUGGUUCAAGGAUGGCACCGAGAUUUACACCCACAACUAUCUGCAUAUACACGAAUGGCAAAAUGGACCUGACAAGGUGAAGUCGAAACUCGAAAUCGAUCCGGCCACUCAGAUGGACGCGGGGGUCUACGAGUGCACAGCGGACAAUAUGUACAGCAUCGAUCGGAGGUCUUUCAAGACUGACUUCUCCAUCGCUUUCGAUUAGUAUGCGAGUAUCCGAGAGCCCCGAGACAAAUACAUAAUUUAGGUGAAGUACGUAAAGUAGGUAAAACCUACGUAACGUAGAUAAACCGUGUGUUGAAUCUCGUGUAAAAUCUCUACGAUAGAGACCAUAAAACUGAACCGUAGAAUCUGAGAAGACGAUUUAGAACAUGAAAUGUAUUGUAAUCGCAUUGUAAUGUGCAGAAAGAUACUAAAUUGCUUUAACUAAAGAAUCUUUCUUGAUCCUGU